AUGCAUUACUGUAGGAAACUUGAAGCAUUACUACCUAAGCUUAAACUGCUUAGCAGACAACCGCCACUUUGUGGAGUAUUAGAUGAUGGAUCCACAAUAGCAAAGGCUGCAAGGGAAUUAAAACUUGCAUUGACAGGGGCUAUAAAUGAAAAUUCUGUAUCUGAUGAAACAAUCAUACAGGCAGCAGAUUGCCUAUAUGACCUCAAUGCUGUUGAUGUAAACAUAGGGGCUCAUAUAUGCAGAGCUGUUGAACAUAGACCAGGAAUAUACAGAUAUCCGCUAAAGGGCGGAAUACUAUGGUCCUUCCACCAUGCGGGGAAGAAUAGUGCAAGGCGUAAAAAGAUGAUCAAAUCAUCAAGCAGAGCUACUAUGGAAACAUUCAUCGACGCUCUAGGAGAAUUACAAGGUGAAGAACCCAGAACUGUUCUUCUAAGACCGAUCAUGCGGAAUAUGGCAAUUGUUGGACAAUGCCAUUCAUUCUCUGUAUCAGCCAAAGCACGAUUAGAACAAGCUAUUAUGGAUGCAAAGGAAGGACUGUCCAAUAUAAUGACAAGAUCUUCCAUAAUAUUAGGAUACAUAGUAGCGCUAAAGUGGCUACGGGUUCGUAACCAUAUUGUAGCCACAGAUGCAAUUCAGUGGUUGCUAGCAGCCAUAUCGUACCAAGAUGUUCUAACUACAGCUGAAGUGACAAAGGCUAUUAGUGCACUCCAGACAUGGUGCGUAACCUGCAAAGGCAAACCUUAUAAGGCGAUUGAAAUAUUAGUAUAUGGUCUCACACAACCACCAUCACUACUUAUGAAAAGCACUCCAGCAUUGGUUAAAUUCUAUAUAGCAGCUACUAAAGUAAGCAGGUCAAAUAAAGAAGGAAAACGUUCAAUAGGAAUUAUCACAUAUGACGAUGAUACCGACCCUUCUGCAGAUCACAACGCUGAAGAGCAACAGAUUGCUGAGGCUGCAGCUGCUAGUUCCAAACAACCCAAAAAAGUCGCUGAUAUAGCUGCACUAACUGUAAUGCUGCUCACUUUGUGCUGCAGUGUCAUUAACAGGUUCAAUGCUAGAAACCUGGUCCUGCUAUACAAUGCGAUGUCACACCACUUCCUACUUGACGGUUUGGACAUCGAUAGGGGCAACAACUUCUUGAGAUGCAUUAAAUUAGUAAGCACGGAAGUUUGCUAUACACUGCAGUUAGACGCUACAGCACACGCUACGGAUUCGCCAUUGAGGCCAAUUCUAUACACUGAAGAGGAUCUGGGGACUAUAUAUAGAGCAUCGAUGAUACUGUCUCGUGCAUUCGAUGGCCUCUGGUGCGUAACUGAUCUAGUAGAAAAGUUACUUAUACAACGUUACGGACCUCAAUAUAAACGCGUUUCUGUCGAGCCCUCGGAAUCUAAAAUAAACGGUAAUCUACCAUCAUCUCAACAGCAAUGA